AUGUCAAUCGCCUCGAUAAUAGAUGCACCUCCGACAUCGACAUCGACACCACCACCACCAUCACCACAACAGUGGUUCAGUGUUGCCCAAGAGGAAAGUCUAUUACGACAGAUGGAAAACCUACACAAGAGUGUCGUUGAGUUGAGAAAGAUGGGAGAGCCACAGCACGUCGUCUCUCACACUCAGGACGGCGAGAGUCACGUCGAGUUGGGUGAGAUGGAAGUGCCACAGCACGUCAUCUCUCACGCUCAUUCGGACGAGACGGCAGCGGGAGGUGAGAACCGAGAGCCGGCGGUUGAGAUGACUGAGUCUUUGCGAGGUACUGUCGCUUCAGAAGAGGCUGUCGCUCCAGGACAGACUGUCGCUGUACAGGAGACUGCCACUUCACAAGCAACAGAAGACAAUCAUUCGUUUUACUCAGCCACGCCGGCUUUCGAUCAUACCAGCCAGAACUCGACGCUUCCUGUAGAUAACCCAACAAUCUCCGCGGCCGGCGUAUGCUACGUUCCAACAUCGAUUCGCCCCGGCCACUCUUCAUCGGUGCCUACAAAUACGGAACCCAACAUCACAUUCGUCUCAACCCUACCAGCAUCCGAGGCACUUCCAUCACAGACCGACACUGCUCAGGCGUCAAUUCCAGCCCCGUCGACCUCGAACCAAUCGAACGAAUCCUCUACAUGUCAUAGGGCCGUCCGCCCUGGCGGGCUCUCUGCAAGCAAGUAUGCGGUUGUCCCAGCUGCACCAAUGGAACCUAAAGAUUCGACCUCGCAGGUGCCUGUGUAUUCAGAUGUCCCGGAUGCACCAAUUGAACCCACAUAUCCGCCCAUGCCGUUCUCUGCAUACGCCAACUCAGGCAAACGUCGGCAUGUCGAGGAAGACAACGAAGGACCAUCGGGCUUUCAGCAUGAGCGUUCAGCAAAACGCGUGCGUACUACGCACAGUCGCGAGUCCGCAGGUGACCGCAGUACGGCAGUUCCUCAAAUACUUCCCAGCCCUUAUGACAGAUACGAAUGGGCGCUUAUCAAUGACAACAUGAGGGAUAGUCAGGAUCAAAGCAUGAACUCUGAACCUGAAGAGACGCCAGAACGGUCAGUUGUGGGUCAAGACAUCAUUGAUAGAGAGCCAGUCAUCAAGGCUGAGCCCACCGAUGAUGCACCAAGUAGCCUCGCUGUGAUCCCGCCGGCGCACCAGACCCUGCUCACGCCAGCUCAGUCCAAUUCACCAAGUAUGAGCGGGGCAACGACAGGACCAACAGCAUCGCAGCUUACGAACCCGCAAGCUUCAGUCUCAGCUCCAGAAUAUAUCGACCUUUUUCGUCUAUGCAUACCACACCCUAGCGUCCGCCAACCGACACUGGCCGAGGCUAAUCUUCUGAGAGACAUGGAAAGAAGAGCAGCGAUGAUUUUGAGUGGCAGGCAGGCGAAAGUCGACAUCAUAAGCCAGCUCCCAGCCUGGAUGCGCGAGGGCAUGUCGAAGAACAAGAGACAACAGGUGACUGCCAUUCAGAGGCGUAUCAAGGCAGCGAAAUCAGGCCCCCGUCGCAAUGCCGACGUGAGAAGUUUCAACGACAGGGCGGUCGUAUCUACGCCAGCGCCCGUGAGAACCGCGCCAGCACCUGUCACGCAAAAUUACCAGCAGGCGCCUCUCAUGACCGCACCAGCACCACCGCAAGUCCAACCCUCAGCACCUAAACAAGCCCGUCAACCAUACGGUCUCGACCCUCUCCACUCUUGGGGUUAA